AUGCGGCGCAUACCGUCGCAGACCGUUUGCUCCUCAUGCCUAAUCACCAUAAGACAACGGCCGCUGGCGCCUCGAAUUUCUCAACCAUGGAUCAGUGAACGGUUCGUGUCCUUGAGGCAGCCGUCGAAGCCUCGUCCGUCGCGCAUGGUUCUCUCGAAUCAAGUCUACCGACCGCCUACCGGAGGUAAUACCGGAGGUAGGAGCUCCAGGCCGAGGCGACAAGUUGAAGGUCCCUUUGGAGCAAUGAACAGAACCGUCGCCAACAUCGACCCGACCCGCCGAGGCCCACGAUCUCGAACGGCCAGCUCAACAGAGGGAGGGAAGAAAGUCGACGGACCGAGAGAUGAGCGCAAGGCACUCAAGAUGCAGCGCGCUCUCGCAUCGGUGUCUUACACCAAGAGAAUGUCCCUCAAGGACCGCAUGGUAGACUACGAUUCGUUCGACUAUUUCGACCUUCUCCCCAAAAUCAAGGACUCUAUUUACGAUGAGCUGUUCAAAGGCCUUGUCGAUAUCAAGCCGACGCCUGUGCAGAGACUGGCUCUACCGGCCAUAAUGGGUCAAUCAGCACCGGGCCAGCCACAAAAGAAGAGUUCGGAGAUGGAAUCGUUUCUACUUGCCGCCGAGACUGGUUCAGGAAAGACCCUGGCCUACCUGCUGCCUGCGAUUGACGCUCUGAAACGAGCUGAAGCAGAGGAUCCGGAUAUCAAGGCAUACAAUGAGCGAUACGCGGCCGAAAAGGAAUACCAACGGUCUACGAAUUUCAAGGGAAAGCCCUUUGACGAGCCCCAUCCUACCAUGGCUCGGCCAAAGGUCGUCAUCUUAGUACCAACCGCAGAGCUCGCGCAGCAAAUAAUGAAUGUAUCCAAGAAGAUUUCGCACGUUGUCAAGUUCAAGACGGAGAUGCUUUCUUCGGAUCUCAGGCCUCAGCAGAUCCAGCGCAAUCUAUACGGCCCCAAGGGAUUGGACGUGAUCGUUUCAACACCCCACCUCCUUGCUUCCAUCGCCGACUCUGAUCCCAACAUUCUGUCACGCGUAACUCACCUUAUUGUGGACGAGGCCGACUCACUCCUGGAUCGCAGCUUUUCUCCUGUCACUACCAGUAUCAUUGAGCGCGCCAUGCCCUCGCUGCAGAAGUUUGUUUGCUGUUCUGCCACCAUCCCCCGAAAAUUGAACAAUUACCUAGCGACGACUUAUCCCAAGAUGCACCGGAUCACAACCCCGAAUCUGCAUGCCAUUCCCAGACGUGUGCAGCUCGGUGUAAUCGAUGUCUCGAGAGACCCAUACCGGAACAACAAGGACCUGGCCUGCGCUGAUGCUCUCUACACUCUCGGAAAGGACGCUCAGAACCAUGAGGGCCCUGUCAAGGACGAGAUUGAUGUUCGUCGUGUUCUCGUCUUUGUCAAUGAACGUGAGAAGACGGAGCAGCUGGCAGAAUAUCUCCGUGGCCAGGGUAUUCAAGCUACCGCUCUUCACCGUGACACUCCGGAGAAGCGUCCUGGAGAAAUACUCGAGGUCUUCACCAUGGCUGAACCUCUUACAAUUAAGGCCCCGGAGAAGGUUGGCCGCUCCAGGAAGCUCAACAACGUCAAGGUGUUGGUUGUGACGGAUCUCGCUUCGAGAGGUAUUGACACCCUGGCCGUCCGACACGUCAUUCUGUAUGACGUUCCCCAUACGACCAUUGAUUUCAUUCACCGUCUCGGCCGUGCUGGGCGCAUGGGCCGGCGUGGCCGAGGCAUAGUCCUAGCCGGCAAUGAUGACAGGAAGGAUGUUGUUGCUGAGGUGAAGAGGAGCAUGUUCAUGGGCCAGGCGCUCAUUUAA